AUGCCCCCCAGGAGAUCGGGCAGAGCUGCUGCUGCUGCAGCGGCCACCCCAGCAGCACCAGCACCGAAGGCGCAACCCCUCGACGGCGCUGUCGUGGCCAUCAGCGGCACCUUUGAUCAGAAACGGGCUGAGCUCGAGUCUUUUUUGACGUCACUGGGUGCGACCAACGCAAAGUCAAUCACCAAGAAGACGACCCAUCUCAUCACCACCCAGGAAGACUUUGACGCCAAGACGACAAAGGUCGCGUCUGCUCAGAAGAACAACAUCCAUAUCGUCAGCUUGGAGUGGGCCCAGGAGUGCGAGUCCAAAGGCUCCAAAGUUCCCGAGGAUGACUACGCCAUAGGCAGUGGUAGCCAAUCCAAGAUGUCACAGCCUCCGCCCCCUGCUGCAGUCGCUGCCGCAGCCAACGCGCCUGCAGCACCAGCGAAAGCUGGAGCUGGAGCUGCUGCUGCUUCCCAGAACGCCUCUCAGACGCAGCCCGCCGCCACCAAAGCCAACGGAUCGCGCAAGCGUACCAAGGCUGCCGCCCAGUCUGAUAAUGAGAGCGACGCGCCUCCUGAGCCCAAGAAGAAGAAGGCUGCCGCUGCUGCUACCAUUGGCAAGGGAAAACGCGCUGCCGCCGCCGCUGCCGCCGCGUCUCCCGACGAUGACGAUGACAAGACCGUCGUGAAGAAGGAGGAAGAUGCCCCUGUCAAGAAGCCCUCUAGCGAUGGCCAGGUCGCCAAGUCCAAGAACCUAGUGAUUCCGCUUGACGAGGGUUGCAAGGUUCAAGGCACUGUCUACAUUGCGCCCGACGGCGUCAUUUACGAUGCUUCCCUCAACCAGACCAACGCGUCAAACAACAACAAUAAGUUCUAUCGCAUUCAGCUCAUUCAAAUGGGAUCCUUCUUCAAGACAUGGACCCGCUGGGGCAGAGUUGGUGAUUCCGGUCAGAACGCAGUCCUCGGCAAUGGAUCCUUGGAUGAUGCCCUCAAGCAAUUCGACAAGAAAUUCAAGGACAAGAGUGGCUAUUCCUGGGCCGACCGCGGCAAGGACCCCAAACCCUCAAAGUACGCUUUUGUCGAGCGCAGCUACGAGCCGGAUUCUGAGGACGACGAUGACGCCGACGACGUUGUCAAGGCCGACGAGGAGGCUCCUGAGAAGAAGAAGGCAGAGGCAAAGAAGUGCACGCUUCCCAAGCCUGUCGAAGAGCUUAUGGGUCUCAUCUUCAACAUGGGAUACUUCGCCUCGGCAAUGUCCUCCAUGGAUUACGACGCUAACAAGCUACCCCUUGGUAAACUCAGCAAAGGCACAAUCCUGCGCGGUUUCCAGACCCUCAAAAAUCUGAGUGAGCUGCUUGGUGAUCCCUCGCUUGCCGAUACCAAGUACUCCACGACCUUUGCUGCUGCCAUCGAGCAACUCUCGAACCAGUUUUAUAGCCUGAUCCCUCACGCAUUCGGCCGGCGUCGUCCUCCCAUCAUCAGCACCAACGACAUGCUGAAGAAGGAGCUUGACCUCCUCGACAGCUUGUCAGACAUGAAGGUUGCGUCCGACCUUAUGAAGGUCGACCGCAAGCUCAGUGACGUUCAUCCUGCCGAUACUCAGUACCGCACUCUCGGCAUGAACGAGAUGACUCCUCUUGAGCAUAAGAGUACAGAGUUCGACCUUCUCUCGCGCUAUUUGACCGGCUCCAAAGGUUCGACUCACCAUGUCAACUACAAGGUGCAGCAAAUCUUCCGCAUCGAGCGCAACGGCGAGCUGGAACGCUUCCAGAAGAACAAGAUGCCCAAAGUCAAGUCCGAUCGUCGACUGCUCUGGCACGGUUCCAGAGUCACAAACUUUGGCGGUAUCCUCAGCCAAGGUCUUCGCAUCGCGCCGCCCGAGGCCCCCGUUACCGGAUACAUGUUCGGCAAGGGUAUCUAUCUGGCAGAUAUGUCGUCCAAGUCGGCCAACUACUGCAACUCACACAGCUCUGGCGGCGAGGCACUCCUGUUGCUCUGUGAGGCCGAACUGGGUGACCCCAUUCAGAAGCUCACCAACGCAAGCUACAACGCAGGUGACAGUGCCAAGGCCGGCGGCAUGCUGUCCACUUGGGGUCAAGGCCGUACAGGCCCGAGCAAGUGGAUGGACGCUAGCUGCGUUGACCCAUCCCUCCAAGGCAUCCAGAUGCCCGACACAACGGUGACUCCUGGAGACACUGGCAUCCAGAGUGCAGGUCUCUUCUACAAUGAGUUCAUCGUGUACGAUGUGGCACAGGUCCGGCUCCGAUACCUGUUCCGGGUCAAAAUCGUAGAGGACGAAGAGUUUCUUCGAAAGGAGGUCGAAGACGGCUGUCCGUUCUGCACACUGCUUUACGAAGCCAAGUGGAAGCUGUACGGCGGAUAUCUUCUGGCAGGUAGCAAGCUCAACUGGUGGUCGUUUCCUCGCAUCAUUGAGCAGGUUCGGGAUGAUGUCGGGAACGCGAUUCACUUCUGCAUUUCUGACGAGGAAAUGCGUCAGCGUCUGCGCCCUUUCCGUAACUUGCAACUCGGCACGGGGGAACCGACUACCCCUAAGGUGAUACCACGCAACACCUCGUCACAGGAGACCCUGAACACCAUCAAUCAGUGGCUCCACGAGUGCACGUCUAGCCAUCCUCUAUGCGGCGAAGACGUCGAAGUUCCUUUACCAAAGAGGGUCAUCUCCAUUGGACCAUCAGAUUCCGAAGUUCGCUUGCUAGAAACCAACGGCGCCGAGGGAAAAUACGCGUGUCUGAGUCACCCUUGGGGAAAGAAGCCCCUGGUACGCACACUCAAAGACAACUUCUCCAAGUUCACGACGGGCAUCCAGCUAUCCUCACUCCCGCCCACAUUCCGCGACGCCAUCGACUUCACCCGCCGCCUCGGCCUGCAGUACAUCUGGAUCGACUCCCUCUGCAUCAUCCAAGACGACCCGCUCGACUGGCAAAUCGAGGCCGCGCAGAUGGCCGCCAUCUACACCAACGCCCACGUCACCCUCGCCGCCUCCAAGGCCUCCGACUCCAGCCGCGGCCUCUACACCUCGCCCCUUGACCCGCCGCACCACGCCCGGCAGCUCUCGCUCGUCAACGACGUCAACGACGCGGACGUCCGCCUGCACGCCUGCUCGGAGCUCGUGCACGUCGGCGACUUCAAGAAGUUCUUCCCCAUCACGACGCGCGCCUGGGUCUACCAGGAACGCCUCCUCUCCGCUAGGGUGGUGCACUUCGCCGGGUCCGAGGUGAACUGGGAGUGUCGGUCGGCGCUGACGUGCGAGUGCGGCGGGAUCUCGGCGGCGGUCGUGCCUGAGAAGAUUCAGUUCGCGGGAAGCCUGGCUGAUUUGAAGGGGAAGUUCAAGGCGGUUGAGAAGUCGCAGGGGUCGGAGGCGGACGGUCGAGGAUCGGCGACUCCGGAUUACACCAGGUUUUCUACGGCUCUGCUGCAGACGCCGAAUUGGACGGAGAGCAUCAAGACGUGGAGGCACAUGGUGCAGCAGUAUUGCAAGCUUGACCUGACGUUCCGGAAAGAUACGUUUCCGGCUCUUGCCGGCGUCGCGAAGGUAUGGAACCCGGACUACAAGGGCCAGUACCUUGCAGGACUCUGGUUGGAGACGUUGCACUUGGAUCUCCUGUGGCUCGUCUACCUCCCCGAGCGGCGAGCCGAGACGUGGAGGGCUCCGACGUGGUCUUGGGCGUCCGUCGACUACCACAAGCCUGACCAGUUAAUCCGGUUCGACUCGGACUCCGACACCCUGAACACGGGGAAGGGAAGCUGGUUUACGCAGGGCAGAACGGGAAGCGAGGACUAUGCGGGCGUGGCGGAGGUCUUGGAGGCUGUUUGCGUCCCUGCUGGUGUUGACCCCUGUGGAGAGCUGAGUUCUGCUCAUCUGCUGCUGUCGACGUACGCUAUGCCUGGUGUCUUGAUCAGGUGGCCUGGAGUGCUCAAGAAUUGGGGUUCAAGUCCCAUCUGGCUUGUUGUCGGAGACUUGUGGGUUCCCCAAGGGGGUCAACAUGAUCGAGGAUUCCAGCCGGAUGCGCCCAUCAAUGAUGAUAAUUCGGCCUGGGCGAUGCCUGUUGCCGUCAUCCGCGUAACGGACUUUGGUCUCAAGACGGGCAGGUGUCCCGAGAUGGCCUGUCUUGUUAUUCGACUUAAAGAGGUACAGGAAACACCGGGUGAGAUCGAGUAUGAACGCUUGGGUUACGUUCGAUUUGUAGAGCACGGUUUUUCUCCAAGUCCUCUUGCUGGGGUAGAGUGCCCAGACACGACUUCGAGCGUGAAGGAUUUCCUUACCAUGUACCAACAAACCACCCAGACGAUGGGAAAUAUGAGGUCGAGUAUGGGCAAGUCGGAGCUGGAAUGGCUCAAAACCCUUUUCGAAUUGAGGGGACGACAGGAGGUCAAGCUCGUGUAG